GUCAAAACUGCAUUUUGGUAUAAACGCUUAUGUGUUGUCCUUGAUGUUCAACUCUGAUAAGAUGAGAGUAGGUAGAAGGUGUCGAGGCGAAGGCAAGCCCUCUCGCGUAACCUCCCUUCAAGUUGCACUCGGCUUGGCCUGCAUUGCCUUCACGCUGCUAGUUCAUGCAACCCUUCCGCUUAAUAACAUUCCACAGUCGGCGCUGACUGCAAUGCUGUUCCUGGGUACAACUUGACGGUGGGCAGCGACUUCCUCAUCGGCGAUGCAACGAAAGACUUCCAUGUGAACUGCGUCGGGGUUGGCGAAGCUUCUUACCAAACGACUGUUGACGCCUACAGCAAAGCAUGUGCCGACGCGGGACCUGGCUGCAUCGGGUUCGCCGUGUACUUUAGCGACGCCUGGUACGACUUUUGCGUCAGGAUCCCCGGCCUCCCCUUGGUAUCAUCGUCUGGUGCUUGCUUGUAUAUGAAACCAGCAGGAGCAGAUUUGCCUCCUUCACCCGUACCGCCCUCGCCAGCUCCUCCCUUGCCUUCUCCUCCCUCGCCUUCUCCGCCCUUUCCGCUCCCUCCCUCACCUUCUCCGCCCUCUCCUCUUCCUCCAUCACCUUCGCCGCCCUCUCCUCCUCCUCCGUCGCCCUCGCCGCCCUCUCCUCCUCCUCCGUCGCCCUCGCCGCCCUCUCCUCCUCCUCCGUCGCCCUCGCCGCCCUCGCCUCUUCCGCCCUCUCCUUCUCCUCCCCCACCGCCUUCCCCCAGUCCUCCUCCACCUCCGCCCCCACCCCGUAUCCUGAGCAGCCCCCCUCCUCCCCCUAGCCAACCACCCAGCCCACCACCUCCCAGCCCUUCUCCACUCAUUCCGCCUAGUCCGCAAACUCCGUCUCCCAUGUCUCCUCCACCACCAAGCCCGCCACCACCACUACCUCCCAGCCCGCCUCCUCCCAGCCCACCCUCGCCCCAGCCCCCCAGCCCUCCUCCUCCCUCGCCUCCGCCGCCUUCGCCCCCUCCUCCCUCGCCUCCGCCGCCUUCGCCGCCACCUCCCUCGCCCCUGCCGCCUUCCCCUCAGCCGCCAUCACCUCCCCCACCCUCGCCCCCCCCACCAAGACCCCUCCCGCCGCCCCCAGCCCCUACCAUGUACUGGGCCACAUCCGCCUCAGGUCCCACCGAUCCAUCCGGAUCCAGCGCCGCCACGGGCUCAGCCAACCGCAUUGUGGGGCCGCCCAGUGAGAAGGUCCGGGCCAUCAAGGCAUGCAAGCCAGCGGGCGGCAUCAGCUGGGUGCCAACACUCGUGACUCCCCGUAACGUGGUCGGCUACUUCAACCAGACCCCAGUUGCUACUGCAAGCAGGCUGCUCAACGUGGCUAUCUACGUCCUCAACCGCGGCAGAUUUGAUCCCCCGCUCACCUCCCUUGAGCUGCUGCUGAGGGCGCCUAACAAGGGCAACACCACACAAUGGGUGACACUCUACACCGGCAGCUCGGGUCAGAAGCUCAGGUGCCCGGGCCUCAACUACUUUGCCGUAACCGCUGCGGUGCUUCAGCCACAGCUGACUGCUGCUGAGUUCCGUCAGCAGGAGGUCGUUGGUGUGCGGAUCAACGCCAAUGAAACGGCUACAACUGCCAAGUCGGAUCUGCUGCAUCUUGCGGCUAUUGGGCUACAGCUAACAGCGGCGUAACGUACGGCAUUGCAGCGUACCGUUUGUCCUUUUGCGCGCAUUGGCUAUAAGCGGCAAGUACAUAGCUGGAUAUGCGUACUCCGCAUACCUAGUGGCCAGGAUGCUUGCAAAACCUCUUUUGAAACGAAUGCCAUCUUGUGCCGUUCGCAAGCCGUACAGGGUGUGAUGACAAUAUGUCUUUCUCUUCUUAUCUUUGUUCUUGCGUACUGCUGAAAUGCCGCAAGGCUUACACGACCAUUGGUCAUUGCAAUUUUGUUUCGCUGCAACAGGAAUUACGGUGUUGUGCUGUUUAUGUGUUUCGGGGCUGCCAAACUAUGCUGCCGCCUUCUUGUGUUUCGCUGGUUAUCGUAUGGUUCUUUCUUUUCUCUCUCUUUCACAACAAUAAUUGUUUAUGUGUUGUGCUGCGUUCCGUCGUGCGUGUGGGUACGCACAUACGGCACAUUAUUCCUGCAAUGCGGCGUUUCUGUUGUACAGUCCUCUCCUGUACGGCCAGAUUCCCAGCCCACUGUGCAGUUCACAUUUCUGUUUUUCCUUUCUUUAUAUCCCGUGUUUGCAACCUAUAUAUCCCUUACGGAGUAACUGUGAUUACGAACGUUACUGUUUGGGACGGGUAAUCGAUGCCCCCAAGAUUGCCUGUCUUAAACGGGCCAGAGCAGGGGUUUGGUGACCUGCAUUGGGAUAUGUACGUGCGCAGUUGCUGGAUACGCUUACGUACCAGGGGCCACUGCGUGAAAAGUUGCGGGGUGCGCAUGAUUACGCAGGAGGACGCGUGUUACUGCAGAACUGCACGGCUUGUAUGACAGCUGAACAGGAAAGGGUGCCGUGCGGAAGGGAAUAAAUGAGGCUAAGAUCCAAAUAAUGAAAGUAUGUAACUCCCGCAACCACC